UUGAAAGCUCCAUCUUUGUCUGUCUAGAUUCUCCACCUUCUCUCUAGUUUUUCCAUAUGGCUUCUGCAUCUCAAGCCAGCCUCCUCUUACAAAAGCAGCUCAAGGAUCUCUGCAAACACCCGGUCGAUGGAUUUUCGGCUGGUUUGGUUGAUGAGAGUAAUAUAUUCGAGUGGAGCGUCACGAUAAUUGGGCCUCCUGAUACGUUAUAUGAUGGGGGUUUCUUUAAUGCUGUCAUGACUUUUCCACCCGACUACCCAAACAGCCCUCCAACCGUGAGGUUCACCUCUGAGAUAUGGCAUCCAAAUGUUUACCCUGAUGGGAAAGUUUGCAUUUCAAUCCUUCACCCCCCUGGUGAUGACCCAAAUGGCUACGAGCUGGCAACAGAACGCUGGUCCCCAGUCCAUACGGUUGAAAGCAUAGUCUUAAGUAUAAUAUCAAUGCUGUCAAGUCCUAAUGACGAAUCUCCCGCAAAUGUUGAAGCUGCUAAAGAAUGGAGAGACAAAAGGGAUGAAUUUAAGAAGAAAGUCGGUCGGUGUGUGAGACGGUCACAAGAAAUGCUAUGACAUGGCCACCAUCCCCUACACCAGUUCGGACCUGCUCAUCCUUUUCUCCAGAGAGGGACAGGGACAAGCCCCUCUGCCAGACCAUAUACUGCUUCAUAAAGAAUCUCCAUUGAAGUUCUUAUUCCAAAUCCAUCAGCUUCCCUUUUUGUGUUUCUUAUUAGUAAUUAAUUACCAUAACUUCCAGAUAUUCAGAUAUCAAAUCAUGUUUUGGCUUUGUGUCUAAUUUUUCUCUUCUCUGUCUUCUUCCUUUUUUCUCUCCUUUCUUCUGUGUGUGAAGUCUCCCCUGUGGACGUUUUAGUCAAAAGAUUAAAAUGAUUAAUAUUCCUUUCAUCUUGUUCUUGA